CCACAUGUGAUAUAAUGUGUGUGGGUUCAGGUGCGGUGCGGCAGUCCCCCCUAAGCGAGAGCAGAAAUGGAAAUAACAGCCCACUCUCUUUCCCAUUUCUCUGCAUCUCCUCGCUUGUUUCGUUCCAAUUCCAAAGCCUCCUCCUCUUCUCUUGUUGCUUCUACUACUGCACUACCUUUUCAGUGCUCCAACAACAUUAAUCUUACACGACAGCCCCAAGUCCAAGCCGUCAGGAUCAAACCGAAGCAGCAACGAACCAUAGGCGUUGGCCCCAUAUGUGCCUCUAACACACAAACUCCUCCUACAGAUGUUUCCGAAAGAUGGCUUCUGGAGCCUGUGGGUGAUGGAGAUACAAGGCAUAUUGGUUUCAAGGUUCAAAUGCCAAAUGCAUUUGAAAUUGCUUCUAAUGUGGUGACUGUUGGCCGCCUUCCUGAGAAAGCUGAUUUAGUGAUUCCAGUUGCAACAGUAUCUGGUUUGCAUGCUCGCAUUCGAAAGACAGAUGGGAACCUCUUGGUAACAGAUUUGGACAGCACCAAUGGGACAUUCAUUGAUGACCAACGGCUGAGACCCGGAGUUGUUGCCACCUUAUCACCUGGAUCUUGUGUUACAUUUGGAAACCGAGUUGGUCCACUAUGUGCCCAAAAAAUACAUCUAACGUGCAAAAUGAAGGCAAUGCAAUUGAAAAAGAAGAAAAUAAGAGGAAUGGGGUUGAGUAUGCUAGGAGAUGAACAUUUGGCUGUGUUUCGCGUCUCAAAGUUAGAUAAUGUAGAAGCUGCAAGCAAUCCAGGUCCCUCUGAAGAUAAAGUAGAGACUGUCAUCCCUGAAGAAAUCCCUACUGAAAACAGUAAAACAGUAUGAGUUGAAAUAAAGUAAUAAACGGUGUCUUCGUAAGAUAUAUAUAGCAAGAAAUAGGUUUCAGUUGGGAAUAGAUCUGGAUCAAAUAAUCUGAAAAGAAGAUUUUACCAUAUUGCAUUGCACUUUGUAGAUUUAUUUAGACUUUC